AUGAUAGCAAUGCCAAAAAUGGAGGAAUUGAAACAUAUUCUAACACUACAUCAUAUUUUAAAUAUUUUAUUAAGUAUUUCAUUUAUUUUUACUAAAAUGGUACCCUUUGUAGGGAGAUUAUUGUAUGAUGAUAAACAUCUCUCUUUAGACACUAGAGAACAUGAAAUUGUUGUUUUUUUGGCAGUUGUAAUCUUAUGGAGGGGUAAAAAAGCUACAAAUUGGUUACACUAUUUAGAAACAGUUUUUAAUUUUUCAAAGACAGCAAAUGUUUUUCUUUUUUUAAGAGCUGAUUUACUAUAUGGAAUUGUUUAUGUAGUCAUAAUGACAAUUGUAAUUGUAGUAUUUCCACAGCCAGCUUAUCACGAAUCAGAUAAAGUUACAUAUUUUAGGUCAGAUGAUUUAUAUAAAAAAAUUAAGGAAAAUACAAAUACAGUAUGGGUAGUCGAAUUUUAUACAACAUGGUCCCCAGAAUGCCGUCAUGUAACACCCGUUUUCUCAAAAUUAAGUGAGAGAUUUGCACUACCAAACUUAAGAUUUGCAAAAUUAGAUAUUGGUACUUAUCCAAAAGAAGCUGAAAGAUUUAGAAUUAAUACACAUCCCUCAAGUAAACAAUUACCAACAAUAUCUAUUUUUAAGGGUGGUGUUGAAGUUGCUAGAAGACCAACAAUUCAAAAUAAACGCGCAGUGCCUUUUAUUUUCAAUGAGGAAAAUUUGAUUCUUGAAUUGGAUCUUAUUAAUACUUAUAAUGAAUGUAAAGAAUCUUCAAAAAAAGUUAAAACACAUUGA